UCAAGUUGAUUGUGGUAGUGAGGGACCCCGUUACUCGGGCUAUAUCUGACUACACACAGGUGGCCAGCAAGAAGAUGGAUUCGCGUAGCUUCGAGGAAAUGGUGUUUGUUGAUAACACCAGCCGUAUUGUCGACACUCAGUGGAGUCCUGUCCGUAUAGGAGUCUAUGCUAAACACCUGAAACAUUGGCUUCAGUAUUUCCCUCUGGAACAAAUGCACUUCGUGAGUGGUGAACGUCUUAUUGAAAACCCUGCUGAUGAGAUGUUAAAAGUGCAACAGUUUUUGGGACUCAGACCUGUUAUAAACCACAAACAUUUUUACCUGAAAUCCAGGAAAGGAUUCCCUUGUAUCCUCAAACCUAACAGACAAAAAGGUAGCCACCCUCACUGCUUAGGUGAAACUAAAGGGCGUAUUCACCCCAUGAUUGAUCCUUCAGUGAUACGGAGGCUUAGGGAUUUUUAUAAGCCCUUCAAUAUAAAGUUUUAUCGCAUGGUUAAUCAAGAU